ACAUUCAAAAACGAGGUGUAUAGAAUAUUAAUGGCUGAUUUCGUUCUUCCUGUUGGCGCUUAAAGUGUGUUCACUCUGAGCCGGCGUAUUGAGAAGUGAGUUUUUCUUUGGCGGUUUGAUUUGUAUACAUAUUAUCGUAGAUAGCUGUUGUUUUGAACGACGACAUAAGGUUUUUUUGAAAAAAAAAUGGUUAAAUCACUACCAAAGGAAGAUAAAAAUUUAACUUCCAAACAAUUACUGAAUGUACCAAAGGAUGGAUUUAUACAGAAAAAUAAAAAUAAAAAAUUUAAAGUAAUACCAACUGGGAAAGUUCCAUUAAUUAAUGGAUCAAAGAAGUCAAAUAGUAACAAUAUGAAAAAUAAUACACCUCAGGAAUCUCCAGAAAAGAAUAAAGAACUGAAAAAAAAAGAUGUUGAAAAGCUGCAAGAAUCUUUAAAGAAACAAAGAAAAAAUAAACCUUUUGAGGGAUUCAAAGAGGAUGAGUCUAUUAAUGAAGGAAUUGUAUUGCAAGAUAGCAUAAUGGAAAAUAGUGAUGAGAGUGAAUCAUCUGAUGGUAAUAAAAGUGAAGAGGAAAAAGUCUUACCAGAUAUUCUUGGUGCCAGUCUAGCAGAUGACAGUGAUGAAGAUGAUGAAGAUUAUGAGGAAGACAAAAAAGUACAAGUAAAUAAAGGUGUAAAAAUGUUUCAUGGAGUAAAAUCAAAUGACAAGGAUGAUUCUAUGACUGAUGAUGAUUAUGAUGAAAAUGAGGAUAAGUACAACGAUGACGAUGAUGAUGAAAAGGAUGAUGACGAUACAGAAUCUGAGAUUGGAGGAAAGACUGAUGAAUCUUCUUCGGCUUCUCUAAAAGUACUUCUGGGAGAUAGUCUUUCUGAGGAUGAUGAUGAUGAUGAAGACUUUAAUGACUUUGAUGAGAAUAAUGAAACUGAUGAUACAACUGACGAAGAAGAUGAAAAAUUAAAGAAUGAAGGAUCAAAUCUUCUAAAAACACUAGUGGGUGACACUAUUAUUGAGGAUGAUAAUGAUGAUGACGAUUUUGUUGAACCAGCUGAGAAUGAUGAAGAUGAUGAUAUAAGUGAUGAAGAAGAUGAAGAAGAAGGAGAAGUAGAAGGAAACGGAUCAUUAAAUUCUCAUCAAGAUAAAGAUUCCUCUUUAGAAGACUUUAAAGAAGAUGAACGAACAAUCUUUGUUGGUAAUCUCCCAAAAGAUGUAACAAAGAAACAGUUACAGAAAUUAUUUAAGCAAUUUGGGAAGAUUGAUGCUAUUCGUUUUAGGGGUAAAAUAUCAAAAUCCCUCAAUGUAUCUAAACGAGUUGCAGCUAUCACAAAUGAUUUACACCCUAAAGUGAAAUCAAUUUAUGCAUAUGUUAGAUUUGAGUCUGAAGAAUCUACUAAGAAAGCUUUGUCCAUAAAUGGAAGGAAAUUUGGAGAAAAUUAUAUAAGAGUAGACAUGUCUAUGAAAUCAAAUAACAAAUAUGAAACAAAAAAAAGUAUAUUCAUAGGAAAUUUACAUUUUAAUGUUGAUGAUGACUCAGUUAGGAAACAUUUUAAGCGAUGUGGUAAAAUAGAAUCUGUGAGAAUAAUUAGAGAUAAUCAGACUGGAGUGGGCAAAGGAUUUGGAUAUGUUAACUUUAAAAGUGAAGAUGCUGUGGCAUUAGCAUUAGAACUAGAUGGCACCACAAUUUUAAAUAGAGAAAUUAGAGUAAAACCAAAUAUUGGCCAAGAUAAAAAAACAAAAGGAAAGAAUGGAAAGAGAUAUCCUGCAGAAAAUAACCAUAAUUUUUCACAUAAAAAGUUCAAAAAUACUGAAGGAGCACCAGUAGCAAUUCGUAAUAAAGAAAACGCUGCAAAAAGAAUAACAAAAAAACAAAAGUUUGAAAGAAAAGAAACUAGCCCACAAAAACAAGGAAAUAACUUUCAAGGUCAAAAAUCUGAUGUAAACAAAAAGAAAAGUAAAAGCAAGUUUGACAAAAAAAAGAAACUUUUGGCUGAAAAACUUAUGGCUAAACCUAAAAAGUCAUCAAAUUAAAUAGUGGCAUAAAAAGUAUACUGCUAGCUUAAACAUUUUCAUAACAAUUCAAUUUUAAUUCAUAUAUCUUAUAUACUAGCGACAAUGACAAAUUGCAAUCUGUCAUAUCAUUGUGAAGUAAGAAACAACAUAUAAUCAAAAAGGUUUAGCAUUUUUAAGACUGUUGUCAAUAUGUGUUUCUCAAAUGUAAAAGAGUAGAAACAAGUAUUUAAUGUUUAAUAAAAUAUUAUU